AAGAGAAUCAUCAUCCACAGGGAAGCUCGAGAGAAGGAGAAGUGUGACAAGCAACUCGCAGACAUCACACAGCCAGCGACAGGAGGAGGAGGAGGAGGAGGAAGAGUUCUUGGGUUGGCUGUGCUUCUCUUUCCCUUCUCCCAUUUGUUUUCUUGUAGUUUCCUACCCUAUGCACUCACUCGGAACGAAGAGAAGAAAGAUCUCUGCUCUCUCUCUCUCUCUCUCUCUCUCCUUUUUGCUUUCUCCACCAUCCUCUCUCAGAGACUGUCUCUUUAUACUUGUUUCUGAGACAACUGCUUGUUUGGUAUGCCAGCUUUGUUUGUUCUUUAGUAGAGGUGGGAAGAGUAGCCGAGAGAGAAGGUUUGGAGGUUCUCGGUGAGGGUUAUCUGGUGGGAGCGUAGAUCCAGUCUUCAUGCUGUACCAGUGUUUGGGUCUAUCUAGCUCUCAUGCAUCUCCCCUUUCUUUGGUUGUUUCCCCGUCUUCUUUAGAUCUAGAGGAGGCCGGAAGUUUGAGGAGAGUCCGGCCUCAUGGUUUCAUGUUGGGUAGCGAGUGUUUCUUCUGUGCAUAGCACUGAUUUGGACUAGUAGCAAACAAAGAACAGUGAUCGGAGAAGAGGUCAAGAGAAAGAACAGGAACACCAUCUGAUCUGGUUUAGAAGAUGAAAGCGGCUUCGUCGUCGGCGCAUCUGCUUGGAGCACUCUGCGAGGAUGAUCAGUACAGCCACCAGCAAACGCCAGGCUCGUCCGCAGCUGCUGCUCCUCCCAAGAAGAAGAGGAACCUCCCUGGAAACCCAAAUCCGGACGCGGAGGUGAUCGCCUUGUCGCCCAAGACGCUGCUGGCGACGAACCGCUUCGUCUGCGAGGUCUGCAACAAGGGGUUCCAGCGGGAGCAGAACCUGCAGCUGCACCGGCGCGGCCACAACCUGCCCUGGAAGCUGAAGCAGAAGAACCCCAACGAGGUCCGCCGCCGCGUGUACCUCUGCCCGGAACUGACGUGCGUCCACCACGACCCCUCCCGGGCCCUCGGCGACCUCACCGGCAUCAAGAAGCACUACUGCCGCAAGCACGGGGAGAAGAAGUGGAAGUGCGACAGGUGCUCCAAGCGUUACGCCGUGCAGUCCGACUGGAAGGCCCAUUCCAAGAUCUGCGGCACUCGCGAGUACCGCUGCGACUGUGGCACCCUCUUCUCCAGGCGAGACAGCUUCAUCACCCACAGAGCCUUCUGUGAUGCAUUAGCACAGGAAGGCGCAAGAAUUCCGGCCGGCAUGAACACCAUCGGCGGCCAUGUGUACGCAAACAGGGGCACAAACUUGGACCUUCCACAACUGAGCUCGCAACUCUCCUCUUUGCAAGACCAAGCUCACCACCCUUCCACCGACCUCCUCCGCUUGAGGGGGAGUAGCGGGAGCGCAAAAUUCGAGCAGCUCAACGCCACCACGUCCCCGUUCUACUUGGGGGCCGCAUCCAACCAAGGCUUCGAUGAAAACCCGGAGUUGCUUCCGAGCAAACCCUUCCAUGCCAUGAUGCAGCUCCAAGACCUUCAGACAAACAACAGUGCUUCAUCCUCUGCUGCUGCCGCCGCGAAUCUUUUCAAUCUUGGCUUCUUCUCUAGCAGCGGCAGCACGAGUACCAUCAACCAUGGCAGCAGUUCUGGCAACCAGAGCGGCCUUCUUCUGGGCCCUAAUCAAUUUAGCAAUGCAGGUGGAGGUACUGAGCCAAUGUCGCUGUUCACUGGAGAGCUCAUGAGCGAUCAUACUGACACCAACAUGCCUUCUCUGUAUACCCCCUCUCUGCACACUGAGCCGGUAGUACCGCAGAUGUCAGCGACCGCACUGCUUCAGAAGGCUGCCCAAAUGGGAGCGACACCCAUUGGUGCCAGCGGAAGCUCAUUGCUUGGAGAAUUCAGUGGCUCCUACCCCGGCGGUGCAAGGCAUGUCGGCUUUCGACGCAAUCCAAAGGAGGGCGGCGGAGAGAGCUCCAGAACUCAUGUGGACGACGAGAACCAUUUCCAAUACAUCAUGAACUCCCUUGCUAACGGGAACAGUGGUGUGUUCAGUGGGAUGGAUGAGCAGGUGAGUGGGUUCAGUGGCUUCAACCCGGGUUUCGGCGCCAUGGACGAGGACAAGUUGCACCGCAACCUUUCGACCGGAGGCUUUGGAGGCUCCGGCAUACUGACAAGAGACUUUCUCGGGGUUGGCAACAUGAUGAGAAGCAUGGGGGGAGGAAUUCCCCCGAGGGAACAGCAACUGGGCAUUGACAUGGACUCUCUGGAUCACUCGGAGAUGAAGCCGGGAUCCUCCACUAGAUCUUUUGGUGGUGGGAGGCUGCAGUAAGAGCCAAAAGUGUCCCAAGAGAGAGAGAGACAGAGAGAGAAGAACUGCAACAAGAGUCGAAGAAUAACUCAAAAGAAGUGCAAGGACUGGAACUGAAGCAGAUGUUAGUAGAGGUAUGUAUCGAAUCAAGCUUGGCUAAAAGUUGGUGUUGUUGUUAGGUGUCAAAGCUCGAUUGAUAUAUAUAUAUAUAUAUAUAUAU